CACCACCCGACACUACCACUCCAUCGGCUCUCGUCCAUCGAGAACCUGCUUGUACAGCCUCGCUUUAUGGAACACAGUGCUGCCGAGUACUCCCAGUCAGGUUUGCCUUCGCCUCAUCCAAGCAACUGCGGCGACCCACGUUCUGAAGGUUCCUCUGCAGACCAGCCUUCUGCUGCGCAAUACUCCUCGCAGCAGGAGGUCCGACCUAGUAACUACUCUGCUUCGGCUACUCCCACAUCGGAGUACGGCGUCUACCCGUCUUCGGCGCGCUCAGGAUCGUUCCCUGAGCACAUCCACCAGAGACCGUACCAUCCGGCUAGCAACCCGAGCGGUAGCAGCGGUGGCAUGGCGCAACAAACAAACAAUCCCUCCAUCGCCGGACCGAGUCCGACCUAUGCCUACGGUCAGCCAUCGCCUUACGGCCCGCCGCCCGGAGAUAUCGCGCACGGAUACCAGCAUGCCUACCCUCAACCUCGUCCCGACUGGGGUGGUUACGGCCAGCACAGCGCCGGGUUGGCACCGGCCGGCCAUGUCUUCCCCACGACCCCGAGCUCCGCCCCGCCGGGCAGACCGCACCAGGUCUAUUCAUUCGUCCCCAUCCCCGGCGCCCAACAGCAUAAAAGACCGCGACGAAGAUAUGAAGAGAUCGAGCGCAUGUACAAGUGCGGCUGGAACGGCUGCGAGAAGGCAUAUGGUACUUUAAACCAUCUGAAUGCCCAUGUCACCAUGCAGUCCCACGGGGCAAAGCGGACUCCAGAAGAGUUCAAAGAGAUUCGAAAAGAAUGGAAACAACGCAAGAAGGAGGAAGAGGCUGCGCGCAAAGCUGAAGAAGAGCAACGACGUGCCGCGGUCGCGGCCGCGGCUCAGGCUCAAGCUCAGAAUGCCCAGACUGACCCUCAAUCUGGACCCGAGGGAGCUCAGCCAGGCUCUGCAUACACAGGCAACAGGCAGGUGCAGCUUCCGCCUAUCGGCUACCAGCCCUCGUACCCCGGCGGUCCUCCGUCGGGGGUUCCGCAACAGCCAUUACCCGAAUACAACAGCACACACAUGUACUCAGCCAACUACCAGCCGCAAUCACAGUCACCUUACGCGCAGCCCGGCCAGGGUCUAUACAGUCAACGCAGAUAAUGGUGCACAGCCCGGUCAGAGUCAUUAGGCGCGCGAGACUCAGGGCUUGAACCGACAGAUACCAGAAAUCCAAGCCCCGACACCAAGGCGAGGCUGGGAGCCAUUAUUAUUCCAACCGAUAAACUUCCA